AUGGACGAAGCCAACUCGUACGAGGAGCAGCGCCGGAGGCAGAUCGAGCAGAACAAGCGCAAGCUGGACGAGCUGCGGGUGCACAGGCUCUCCGCCGCCGUCCGCCAGGCCGCCGCCAAGCCCAUGCCGGUCAGUCAGAUCCACUCUCCUCCGGGACAAAAAAAGAAAAGGUGGUCUGCUCGCUUGGUGCCGCAGGCCAAGCUGGUGAUGCCGCGGAAUCCGAGGCUGGACGCCCCGACCCGGCGGUCCGGCCGCAUCGCCAGCCUCCCGGAACAGCCCGACUACCGCAUCAGGAAGGCGAACGGCGAUGUCAAGACCGAAUCGCCCGAUCCAGUUCCAGCGUACGCGACCGACCAAGAGAGGGCCUACGCAGUCACCAGGGCCGAGCAGCUCAGGGGCCAGCUGUGCUCCGACUACCCAGCCUUCAUCAAGCCCAUGUCCCACAGCACCUCCACUAAAUCGAAUCAGCUGUAUAUCCCGGUGCACUUCGCCCAGUAUCUCCCCGUGCAUGAUGAGAUGAUGGUUCUGGUGGACGAGGUGACUAAUAAAGAGUUCGCCAUGCUCUGCCGUGUCAAGUACAAACAUCAGAUGCGCUACCUUCUCGAGUGGAGAGCGUUUUCUGCUUACCACGGGCUGGCUGAUGGUGACUGCUUGGUGUUGCAGCUCAUAGAGAGGAGAAAAUUCAAGGUUUAUAUAGUUAGAGCGAGUUCUUACAACAACAAUGACAACUGAUGGUGUGAGCUUCCAGUAUUACUAGCGUAGAAGGUGUAUGCAUAUUUUCAAUUGGGAUGGGCAGCUAGGAACUUCCCUCGCUGCUUUUUGGGGACUUUGGAAGGUGACAGCUCUCAGCCAAGGAGACGAACAUGGACAUAUGUUACUUUGGUCAAAGUUGUACCCAGGAUGAAACGCUUGGAUGAACCAGUUGCUUUGUUCUGUUGGAAAAACUGAGCCCUGUGGUUGUUGCUGUUGGUUAACAAACUUGUUCGGUUAGUAGUUGUUUUAGUACCAAUGUUUGUAGUUUAGAUGCUGCAUUUCCUCGGGUCAGUCAGAUGUCAUGAACAUU